AAAGAAAUAGAAAUAUCAAAAGAUUUAGAACAAUUAAAUGAUGGUGGAUAUUUUGACGAAAGAAUCGGCGAAGUUAGAGAUGAAUAUUUGGGUCCUGAUAAUUCAAAAGAAAAAUUACAUAUUUUACGAAGAUCAAGAAUUGAUCGAUUAUUAGGAAGUGAAGAAGACCAAAGAUAUGAUCUUAUAAGAGAUAUUAUUAAUAAUACAGAAAAUAUCGAAGAAAUAUCAGAUUCAUCCGAAAUAUUUACAGAUAUUAAAAUGUUAAAUCAAACUUUAUUAACAGGAAAUCGUGAUAAAUCAGAAUUGGAAAGAGAACGAAAAACUCAAUAUAACAAUGGGUUAUAUGAUAUUAUUAGUUCAGCUAUCAGAAUAGAAGAAGAUAUUGAUAAAUUACAAAAAGAAUGGCAAGAAGCUAUUGAAAACAAUCUUGAUCAAGAUUUUUUGACCAAUAGAUUAAAAAUAAAUCUUCAACAAAAUCGAUUAAAUAGAAUUAAAGAAUUAAAAGAAAAAGAAAAUGAUACUAAAACACCUAAAACACCAAAAC